GAGCACUGAGCUGAGCUCCCUGUGCUAUACAGCAGGUUCGCACUAGCUAUCUACUUUACACAUGGUAGUGUAUUUAUGUCAGACAUAAUCUCCCAAUUCAUUCCACCCUCCCCUUCCCCCUCCGUGUCCACAUGUCUGCGCUAGUCACAAAGGAGAAAAUUGAUGAGGUCGACUACAUGAAAAUUAAGAACUCCUGUUCAUCAAAUGUCAGUGUGAAACUAAUGAAAAGAAUCACAGAGAGAGGAAGAUAUUUACAACAUGUAUAACCAUCAAAGGAUUAGUACCCUUUAUAGGAUACUAAUAGAUCAAUGAUCAGGGGCCAAGAACUCAACAGAAAAAUGGGCAAGAGAAUUAAACAGACACUUCUCAAAAAACAACAAAACAUCCAAAUGUCUAAUACACAUAGGAAAAAGAGUUCAACUUUACUAGUGUCAUGGAAAUGCAAAUUAAAACCACAAGAUUACAUUAUUUCACACCCAUCAGACAGAUGAAAUUUAGAAAGCUUAAUCUUAAGUGGUGGCCAGGUUAAGAGCAUACAUGUAAAGAAUGUAAAAAAUUCUUAUCAAUUUACAUGAUAAGAAUGUAAAUUGGUACCAACAUUGGAAAACAGGUGGCAUUAUUUAAUAAAGUUGAAGAUAAGCAUAGUCCUCGGCCUAUAAUUUACCUGCCUACUUACAUACUCUGGUCAGUUAAUUGUCUAUGAGUACCAGAAUACACAUGCAACAAUGUUCAUUUCAACUUUGCUCUUAACUGACAAAAGCUGGAUAUACUCAGUUCCUCCUCACCAGCAGAAUGGAUAAAUAGAAGUAUUGUCAUAUUGUACAAUAAUUAAAUUAUUACACAAUAAUAAACAUUAUUAUAUGAUAAUAUUAUACAAUAAUAAAAGUAAUGACAUUAAGUGAAAAGUUAAGUUAUAAAAAUUACAUACAGCAUGAAUCCAUUAUAUAAAAUUUAAAAACAGACAAAACUAAACUAUAUUGUUUAGGAGUGCAUACAGAGGUGGCAAAACUAAAAAUAAAAGCAAGGACAUUUUUACUCUCAAGGUCACGACAGAAAUGACCUUUUUGUACCUGAGUGAUAGUUAUAUAAAUGCUCACUUUACCACCGUUUGCUAAACUGUACACAUAAGCUUUAUACAGUUUUCCGUAUAUUAUACUUCACAACAGAAACAAAAUUAAAGUAAAAAACAAAAACAAAAACCCAGAAAGUAAAAGGAGAACAAAACAAGAAAAAACACAAGAGACUAGAAACAGACAUCCAUGUUAAUUCAACAAGUGCUAAAAGUGGCAUUUCAAAUUCAAUUUACUUGUUAAGUAGAGUCGAAACUGGAAAGAAGAGAUUGGCUGAUUUGACUGCAUAUGGAUUUAAAACAUCUUUAUGGCCACACACACCACAAACAACUUGGAGGAAAUACGCACACAGAAGAAACACAUGGCCAAUAGCUAUAAUAUAUUAAGAAUGACUGGGGCUUCCCUGGUGGCGCAGUGUUUAAGAAUCUGCCUGCUAACGCAGGGGACAAGGGUUCGAGCCCUGGUCUGGGAAGAUCCCACAUGCCGCGGAGCAACUAAGCCCAUGUGCCACGUCUACUAAGCCUGUGCUCUAGAGCCCGCGUGCCCCAACUACUGAAGCCCAUGCACCGAGAGCCUGUGCUCUGCAACAAGAGAAGCCACCGCAAUGAGAAGCCCACACACUGCAACAAAGAGUAGCCCCCGCUCACCGCAACUAAAGAAAGACCACGCGCAGCAAUUAGGACCCAACACAACCAAAAAUAAAUAAAUAAAUAAAAUUAAAAAAAAAAAAAGAAUGACUAUAAAUCAGUAUAGGUGGCGAGAUAUGGGCCAAUAAUACACCGAAUAAAAGAUACAAAUGGUCGAUAAACAUAUGAAUAAAUAACCAACUUUAUUAGUAGUUGGUAAAUUGCAAAAUAGAAAAAAAUAUAUAAUAUGCAGGAAAAUUUAAAAUACAAUGUAAUUAUUUGUGCAAUUAUAUGUUAAACUUAUUAAAUUAUAAAAUAAUUACAAAAUAUAAAAAUUAAGGGGGUUAUUAAAGCCUGAGUCUCCUUCUAGCUUUACCUUUCUUAGUGUAUGACUUACACCCUCAUGCUCUGCCCUCGGACAUUACAUCUGUGUCCCAGGCCUAGAGAAGGGUGGAAUGGCAAGAGGAAAACAGUACGUGCCUGCUGAAUCUGACCCUGCUCCUCAGUAAAAUCAUACCUUUCCCAGAAGGCUUAUUCUCUAGAAUUACACUUAAAUCUUAUUGGCAAAACUAUGUCACCUUUUUCCCCUAACAUUUAAGGAAUUGAGGAGGAAUGUAUUUUUUAAAUUAGCAUAUUUCUGUCCCAAACUAAAUUGCAGUUCCGUUAAAAAGCAAGAAGUGCUUAGUCAACUCCUGCUGCAGGAUGGAAGCACCUAGAACAGUGCCUGCUACAUUGUACAUAAUAAAUAUUAGUUAAAGGAAUGGGAAUUUUCAUAUUGUAAUCUACAUAAUCCCCAGAAUGACAGUGAGGGGCAUCAAGAUGAGAUCUGAGUACCAGGAAAUUAGGUCGGAUAGAACAAAAGGCUCCCUGAGAGAUCUAAGAUGAAAUGGAUAUAACUAUAAAAUGCUACUUGAUGUCUUUGAAAACACCAAGAGCGGAUUUAGACAGAAAGUUUGAGGUAGUGAUAAGCCUCUAGAAUUGUGCUGUUAACACCAUAACCACCAGCCCCAUGUGACUAUUUAAGUUUAAAUUAAACAAAAAAAUAUAUAAAAACUCAGUUGUGCAGUCAUGCCAGCCAUAUUUUGAAUUCUCAAUAACCGCACGUGGCUGGUGGCUACCAUCUUGGUGGUGCUGGUAUAGAACUUUUCCAUGACUGCAGAGAGCUCUAUUGGAUACUGCUUAUCUGGAAAAAUGAAGCCGAUGGAGAAAAAAAAGGAGAGACAGAAAACAAACAACAACAACAGCAACAAAAACUAUCAACUUGCAGAAAAACAAACCCUUGUGCAGGAAAAGAAAAAUAAUCAUAAUAUAUAUAUGGGGUUCAGCUAUGAAUGGCCUUUUGCUAAUCAUAAUAACGUAAACAUUGAAUUCUGAAUUACAUAAAUAGAGCAUCAUUGGGAGGAUAGAGAUGGGGGAUGAGGCUUGUGUCUGGUGAGAGUGGGGGUUAUAGAAAAGAGAACUAAAGCCUGAUCUUCCAAGGUGGGAACCUGACAGAUAAUGCCAAUGACUGGAAAACUCAGAAAAGAAUAAUAUAGACAUUUUGUUAAAUGUGUAGAAAUAAAUAACAAAAGAUUCAGUUAAAAGGGUUAAAAUUAUUGUUUCCAGGGUGGGAAAAAUAAAGGAAUAGUGGAAACAGGAGGCACUGAUUUUAAUAACAAGCCUUGCAAAACUAUUUGAUUCUUAAAUGAUGUGCAGAUAAAAUUUGGUUAAAAUAAUUAAUAAAAUCAAACUGCAGCAACAAAAACUCUUUUACAAUGCCAUUUCCUCCAUCAAAUCUUUUCUGGUCCCCAGACGUGACACUUCUAUACUUUGAUAUUUCAGAAAGCAUCAUCUGAAGCUCUGCUAUUGGUACCUCACUGUACCCUGCUUUGUUUUGUAGCCAAUUAUAUAGGCUUAUAGCCAAACUCCUAUUGAUUCAUAAAUUCUGAGACUAACUACCUACUGGUUUCAGAAGUUUCACAAUAUUUUGGUAUUUCAGCCUAAUAUAAAGAGUAAAGAUUCCAAUAAAAUGUUUAAAGAUGUAAUAAUAAUUUAAAAAUAAUAAUAGCUAACCUUUAUUGAGCACUUACUAUGUAUAAGGCAUAUGAUAAGAAGCUACCAAUAGAUCAAGGUGUCAAUUGAUUUUUUUUCCACAGAAGAGGCCGUUGAUAGGCCAGAAAAAUAGAGGUGCUCCUUUGUCUCGAGGGCAUAACUCCAGAUAAGCAUUAAUCUAUGCCUAUUUUUUACUUUUUAAAAGGCCCAUAUUAUUUUUCAAUUUAACACCAUCUUUUAAAAAGCACAUAAUGAAUAGUAAGUCAUAAUUCUAGUUUGCAGCUGCCAGGUGAAUGAUCUCAUAAUCCACACAAAUAUUCCUUGGUCAUAAAACCUGUGGAAACAAAAGGAACAGGUAUAAUUAAUUCAGAUGAUAAAAUGAUGUUCAAAUUUUACCACCAUAUGAAUCAUGGAAGGGGGAGAGAUACGUAUGUUUGAAAUGUGACAUUACUUCCUAACAUUUAACCAAAAAGAACUACAAUAAUAUGUUUAGUUUCAAAUCCAUAUCAAGAUGUGAGUGACCCAUGGGGUUUUUGCCUUAAUACAGGGAAGUGGAAAGGGAUUAAAUCAGUGAAAAUUGAUUUCAGGUAGAAAAUUGUUGGAUGAGUUUUACGAAGUCAAUGCCUUACACUCUGACUUGCAUAAUAGAGCAUUAUCUUCUAGUAAUUUACUGAUUUCCAUUUUAUCUGCCCUUGCUGUUCAGAAAUUGAACCCUUUUGUGCCUGCAUUCACACUUUGCUUCUAGGAAGCAUUUGAGUAAAUAGAAAAUCAAUAACCCAGUUACAUAUGAGAGGCUCUGCAUUCCUAGCAAGCUAGGCAUGCUUAGAAAGGGAGAAGGUGAUGAACAUGAUCUUGGCAUUCUCCCCACCUGGUUUAGUAAUAGAAAAAUGAUGGGGCCUAAUCUCUCUAAUUACGCCCUGUGGAUACCUUAUCUAGUGUCACCAUCAAGUAUUUUCACCAAUCACUUCAUUUUUAUCACAGUUUUAAAAAUUGGUUUUGCCAACUUGAUGUUUUCUGGAUCUUAUCCCCGUUUCUUUCACAUUAACACCUGUGACUUACCUGUGGCUCACCUGGUGAGGUGUAUAUGAGCGAGCAUAGUUAUCUCCAUGAAGAUUGGAAAAUUGACAGGAAGAAAGUUGCAGAAAGCUUAAAGCCCCUCAAAGUCAUGCUGAUUUUCUUCUAAAUUCUUUUGCAUGAAUAUGGUAUUAAACAGAGCUGUAGGAAAUGAGAGAUUAAACAUAAAUUUGAACCCCGUACUCUGGAAGUUAGGUAAAAUUCCAUUACAUUUGAAUACUUCUAUGCAAGCAAUUUGUUACCCUUUAUCCUUUAGUGGAAUUGAUGAACAGGUGGUUUUCAGAAGCUCACUCAGUAUAUUUAGCCUCUGAAAUUUGAGCAACUCGAGCUCUGAUUGGCUGCUCUGACCACAUGAUAAUUCGGAGCCCAGGCUCCUCGCUGGCUCUUGCCUGGGGUUCUCAGGAGGGGAGAGUUGGGAGAGGCUUUGCUGCUGAGGAAAUUUAUUUGGUAGAUUGAAGGUUUGAACAGAGCUACAGAAACAAAAGAGAAAAAGCCACACAGGCCAAUGGUGUUCGGGAAGAGAAUAACCCCAUUGCCUUGAGUUUGUAGGUGCCACUACUACUCUGGGAAAAUGGCAGAUGACGAAGAAUAUGAGGAGGUGGUGGAGUAUUACACAGAGGAGACAGUCUAUGAAGAGGUGCCGGGGGAGACAGUAACAGAAAUCUAUGAAACUACGACAACAAAGACAUCUGACUAUGGGCAAACAGAAACUUCCAAACCGGCACUGGCACAGCCAGUACCAGCAAAGCCGAUGGGGAGGAAGAGAAUCGUUCGAAAGAAGGUGGACUCUUCAAAGUUCAUGACCCCUUACAUUGCACACAGUCAGAAAAUGCAGGAUCUCUUCAGCACAAAUAAAUACAAGGAGAACUAUGAGAAGGCAAAAGGACAGCCAUAUGCCAUCACAACUGAUACCCCAGAACUUCGCAGAAUCAAGAAAGUACAAGAUCAACUCAGUGAGGUUAAGUAUCGAAUGGAUGGUGAUGUUGCUAAAACUAUUUGUCACGUAGACGAAAAAGCAAAGGACAUUGAACAUGCAAAGAAAGUGUCGCAGCAAGUCAGUAAGGUUUUAUACAAGCAGAACUGGGAAGACACCAAGGAUAAGUACCUGCUUCCUCCUGAUGCCCCUGAACUUGUCCAGGCCAUCAAGAACACAGCUAUGUUCAGUAAGAAACUUUACACUGAAGACUGGGAAGCUGACAAAACUUUGUUUUAUCCAUAUAAUGAUAGCCCGGAGCUGAGGAGGGUUGCCCAAGCCCAGAAAGCUCUCAGUGACAUUGCCUACAAAAAAGGUCACGCUGAACAGCAAACUCAAUUCACAUCUCUGCCGGAUCCUCCAGAUGUAGAAUUUGCCAAGAAAGUGACCAAUCAAGUGAGCAAGCAAAAAUACAAGGAAGACUAUGAAAAUAAAAUCAAAGGCAAAUGGAGUGAGACACCUUGCUUUGAAGUUGCAACCGCCAGAAUGAAUACUAAUAACAUCAGCACGAGGAAAUACCAGGAAGACUUUGAGAAUAUGAAAGACCAGAUCUACUUCAUGCAGACUGAAACACCAGAGUACAAAGUGAAUAAACAAGCUGGGGUGGCAACUAGCAAGGUAAAAUACAAAGAAGACUAUGAAAAGAAUAAAGGAAAAGCAGAUUAUAAUGUACUUCCUGCUUCAGAAAACCCACUGCUUAGGCAGCUGAAGGCGGCAGGAGUUGCCCUAAGCGAUAAACUGUACAAGGAAAACUAUGAAAAGACAAAGGCAAAGAGCAUAAAUUACUGUGAGACCCCCAAAUUUAAGCUUGAUACAGUUCUGCAGAACUUCAGUAGUGAUACUAAAUAUAAAGAUUCCUACUUAAAGAAUAUUUUGGGACAUUAUGUAGGCAGCUUUGAGGAUCCAUAUCAUACACACUGCAUGAAAGUCUCAGCUCAGAACAGUGAUAAAAACUACAAAGCAGAAUAUGAAGAGGACAGAGGCAAAGGCUUCUUCCCCCAGACCAUAACUCAAGAAUAUGUAGCAAUGAAGAAACUAGAUAAGUGUAAAGAUUACACCUACAAAGUCCACCCAGAUAAGACAAAAUUCACUCAGGUCACCGACUCUCCUGUUCUGGUGCAAGCCCAAGUCAAUUCCAAGCAGCUGAGUGAUCUAAAUUACAAAGCAAAACAUGAAAACGAAAAGUUCAAGUGCCAUAUACCUCCAGAUACUCCUGCCUUUAUCCAGCACAAAGUCAAUGCCUAUAACCUGAGUGAUAAUGCUUAUAAGUAUGACUGGGAGAAGACCAAAGCUAAGAAGUUUGACAUUAAGGUGGAUGCCAUUCCCCUGCUGGCAGCCAAAGCCAAUACCAGGAACUCUAGCGAUGUGAUGUACAAGAAAGACUAUGAGAAAAGCAAAGGAAAGAUGAUUGGAGCCCUCAGCAUUAACGAUGAUCCCAAGAUGCUGCACUCUUUGAAGACGGCCAAAAACCAGAGUGAUCAUGAAUAUCGUAAAAACUAUGAAAAGUCAAAAACUAUCUACACGGCACCUCUUGAUAUGCUCCAAGUGACUCAAGCUAAGAAAUCUCAGGCAAUUGCCAGUGAUGUCGACUAUAAGCACCUCUUACACAAUUACAGCUGCCCGCCGGACAGCAUUAACAUGGACCUUGCCAAGAAGGCUUAUGCACUGCAGAGUGAUGUCCAAUACAAAGCUGACUACAAUAGCUGGAUGAAAGGUUGCGGCUGGGUACCUUUUGGGUCCUUAGAAAUAGAAAAGGCAAAGCGAGCUUCAGACAUUCUGAAUGAGAAAAAAUAUCGCCAGCAUCCAGAUACUCUCAAGUUUACUUCAAUUGAAGAUGCUCCAAUUAUAGUACAGUCUAAGAUUAACCAGGCCCAGAGGAGUGAUAUUGCCUACAAAGUCAAAGGGGAGGAAAUUAUUCACAAGUACAGUCUGCCGGCGGACGUGCCCCAGUUCAUUCAGGCUAAAGUCAACGCCUACAAUAUCAGUGAGAAUAUGUACAAAGCAGACUUGAAAGACCUGAGCAAGAAGGGAUACGACCUGAGAAACGAUGCGAUCCCCAUCAAAGCUGCCAAAGUUGCCAGGCAGGCGGCGAGUGACGUUCACUACAAAAAAGAUUAUGAAAAAGCCAAAGGGAAAAUGGUUGGCUUCCAGAGUCUCCAAGAUGAUCCUAAACUGGUUCAUUAUAUGAAGGUGGCCAAGAUACAAUCGGACCGGGAGUAUAAAAAAGACUAUGAGAAAACAAAGACCAAAUACAACACACCCCAUGAUAUAUUCAACGUUGUGGCAGCUAAGAAAGCUCAGGAUGUUGCCAGCAAUGUCAACUAUAAGCAUUUGCUUCAUCACUACACCUACCUGCCUGAUGCCAUGGACGUGGAAUUGUCGAAAAACAUGAUGCACAUACAGAGCAAUAACGUCUAUAAGGAAGACUACAACACCUGGAUGAAAGGCAUAGGCUGGAUACCUAUUGGCAGUCUGGAGGUAGAAAAUGUUAAAAAGGCAGGUAAUGCCCUGAAUGAAAAGAAGUACAGGCAACAUCCAGACACCCUCAAAUUUACCAGCAUCGUGGACUCCCCAGUUAUGGUCCAGGCAAAACAGAACACGAAGCAAGUCAGUGAUAUCUUAUACAAAGCUAAAGGAGAAGAUGUGAAACAUAAAUAUACGAUGGGUCCUGAUGUUCCUCAAUUUCUCCAGGCCAAGUGCAAUGCUUACAAUAUAAGUGAUGUCUGUUAUAAACGGGACUGGCAUGAUUUAAUAGCCAAGGGCAACAAUGUGCUGGGUGACGCUAUACCCAUCACUGCAGCCAAAGCAUCGAGAAACAUUGCCAGUGACUAUAAAUACAAGGAAGCUUACGAGAAGGCAAAGGGAAAGCAUGUGGGUUUUAGAAGCCUCCAGGAUGAUCCUAAGCUCGUCCACUAUACGAAUGUGGCAAAGUUACAGUCUGAUCGUGAAUACAAGAAGAACUAUGAAAACACCAAAACCAGCUAUCAUACCCCUGGGGACAUGGUUAGCAUUACAGCUGCAAAGAUGGCCCAGGAUGUUGCCACCAACAUCAACUACAAGCAGCCGAUACAUCACUACACAUACCUACCUGAUGCCCUGAGUCUUGAGCAUACCAGGAAUAUGAAUCAAAUUCAGAGUGAUAAUGUAUAUAAAGAUGAGUACAACAACUGCUUCAAGGGCAUUGGAUGGAUCCCUCUUGGUUCUCUGGAGGUUGAGAAGGCCAAGAAAGCAGGCAAUGCAUUAAAUGAGAGAAAGUACCGACAGCACCCAGAUACCAUCAAGUUCACAAGUGUGCCUGAUUCCAUGGGCAUGGUUUUGGCUCAGCACAACACAAAGCAGCUAAGUGAUGUGAACUACAAGGUGGAGGGAGAGAAACUGAAGCACAAGUACACUAUGGACCCUGAUGUACCGCAGUUUAUUCAAGCCAAGGUCAAUGCCUUCAACAUAAGUGAUGCUAAGUAUAAAGCAGAUUGGAAGAAAACCCUUGCUAAGGGUUAUGAUUUGAGACCAGAUGCCAUUCCAAUUGUUGCUGCAAAAAGUUCAAGGAAUAUUGCUAGCAAUUUCAAAUAUAAGGAGGCCUACGAGAAAGCCAAAGGCAAACAAAUUGGAUUUCUCAGUCUUCAGGAUGAUCCUAAACUGGUUCACUACAUGAAUGUAGCCAAAAUACAGUCAGAUCGUGAGUACAAAAAGGGCUAUGAAGCCAGCAAGACCAAGUAUCACACCCCCUUGGAUAUGUUCAGUGUGACAGCAGCCAAGAAAUCUCAGGAGGUCACCACCAACACCAACUACAGACAACCCUUCCACCACUACACCCUGCUGCCUGAUGCCUUGAACGUGGAGCAUUCCAGGAACGCGAUGCAGAUUCAGAGUGACAAUCUGUACAAAUCCGACUUCACCAAUUGGAUGAAAGGGAUCGGCUGGGUGCCCAUAGAGUCACCGGAGGUGGAGAAGGCAAAGAAAGCAGGAGAGAUUCUUAGCGAGAAGAAGUACCGCCAGCACCCUGAGAAGCUAAAGUUCACAUAUGCCAUGGACACACUGGAACAAGCACUAAACAAAAGUAACAAACUGAUUAUGAACAAGAGGCUCUACACUGAAAAAUGGAACAAAGACAAGACCACCAUUCACGUCAUGCCUGAUACUCCAGGCAUUUUACUCUCCAGAGUCAACCAAAUCACCAUGAGUGAUAAACUGUACAAAGCUGGCUGGGAAGAAGAAAAGAAGAAAGGAUAUGACCUGAGGCCUGAUGCCAUCCCAAUAAAGGCUGCAAGAGCCUCCAGAGACAUUGCCAGUGAUUACAAGUACAGGCAAGCCUAUGAACAAGCCAAAGGGAAACACAUUGGCUUCCGGAGCCUAGAGGACGACCCCAAGUUGGUGCACUUCAUGCAAGUGGCCAAGAUGCAGUCAGACCGGGAGUACAAGAAGGCGUACGAGAAAUCCAAGACAUCCUUCCACACCCCGGCAGACAUGCUUAGCAUGGUGGCAGCCAAGAAGUCUCAGGAAGUGGCCACCAACACCAACUACAGGAACGUGAUCCAUGCCUACAACAUGCUUCCUGAUGCCAUGAGCUUUGAAUUGGCCAAAAACAUGAUGCAGAUUCAAAGUGAUAAUCAGUACAAAGCUGACUAUGCUGACUUCAUGAAGGGCGUUGGAUGGCUCCCUCUGGGCUCCCUGGAGGCUGAGAAAAACAAGAAAGCCAUGGAGAUUAUCAGUGAAAAGAAGUACCGCCAACACCCAGACACUUUGAAGUAUUCCACCUUGAUGGACUCAUUGAACAUGGUUUUGGCCAAGAAUAAUGCAAAAAUUAUGAACGAACACCUCUACAAACAAGCAUGGGAGGCUGACAAGACCAAAGUCCACAUCAUGUCUGAUAUCCCCCAGAUGAUUCUGGCAAAGGCAAAUACAAUUAAUAUGAGUGAUAAACUCUACAAACUUUCUUUGGAAGAGUCUAAAAAGAAAGGGUAUGAUCUCAGAACUGAUGCCAUUCCUAUCAAAGCUGCCAAAGCCUCAAGAGAUAUUGCAAGCGAUUAUAAAUACAAACACAGUUAUGAAAAGGAGAGGGGGAAGAUGGUUGGUUUCUGCAGUCUUGAGGAUGAUCCCAAAUUAGUCCAUUCCAUGCAAGUGGCCAAGAUGCAAUCUGAUCGGGAGUACAAGAAAAACUAUGAGAAAACCAAGACCAGCUACCACACCCCUGCCGACAUGCUCAGUGUCACGGCCGCCAAGGAUGCCCAAGCCAACAUCACCAACACCAACUACAAGCACCUGAUUCACAAGUACAUCCUCCUUCCAGACUCCAUGAACAUCCAGCUGUCCAAGAAUAUGAAUCACAUACAGAGUGAUAAUGAAUAUAAGCAGGACUACAAUGAAUGGUACAAAGGGCUUGGCUGGAGUCCAGCUGGUUCCCUAGAAGUGGAGAAGGCCAAGAAAGCAACUGAAAAUGCCAGUGAUCAGAAAUACCGCCAGCACCCUAGCAACUUCCAGUUUAAGAAGCUGAAUGACUCCAUGGACAUGGUUCUUGCCAAGCAGAAUGCGCAUACCAUGAACAAGUACCUAUACACCGUUGAUUGGAACAAAGAUAAAACCAAGGUUCAUGUGAUGCCAGAUACACCAGAUAUUUUACAAGCCAAGCAAAAUCAAAUACACUACAGUCAGAAACUCUAUAAACUUGGAUGGGAAGAAGCUUUGAAGAAAGGCUAUGAUCUCCCAGUUGAUGCAAUUUCUGUACAAUUGGCCAAAGCUUCAAGAGACAUUGCUAGUGAUUUUAAAUAUAAACAAGGCUACCGCAAGCAAGUCGGCCACCAUAUUGGAUUCCGGAGUCUGCAAGAUGAUCCAAAGCUUGUGUUGUCCAUGAAUGUAGCCAAAAUGCAGAGUGAAAGGGAAUACAAGAAGGACUUUGAGAAGUGGAAAACCAAGUUCAGCAGCCCAGUGGACAUGUUGGGAGUGGUGCUGGCCAAAAAAUGCCAGGCCUUGGUCAGUGACGUGGACUACAAGAACUACCUGCACCAGUGGACCUGCCUGCCUGACCAGAAUGACGUUGUUCAAGCUAAAAAGGUUUAUGAACUACAGAGUGAGAAUUUGUAUAAAUCUGACCUUGAGUGGCUGAGAGGCAUAGGAUGGAGUCCCCUGGGUUCUUUGGAGGUAGAAAAGAACAAACGGGCUUCAGAAAUCAUCAGUGAGAAGAAAUAUCGCCAGCCUCCAGACAGAAACAAGUUCACCAGCAUUCCUGAUGCCAUGGACAUAGUUCUGGCAAAGACAAAUGCCAAAAAUAGGAGUGAUAGACUUUAUAGAGAAGCUUGGGACAAGGACAAGACUCAAAUCCACAUCAUGCCUGAUACACCUGGCAUUAUUCUGGCUAAAGCAAACUUAAUCAAUACAAGUGAUAAACACUACCGAAUGGGUUAUGAGGAGCUGAAGAAAAAAGGUUACGAUCUUCCCGUUGAUGCCAUACCACUCAAAGCAGCAAAAGCAUCCCGAGAAAUUGCCAGCGAAUACAAGUACAAGGAAGCUUUUCGCAAGCAGCUUGGCCAUCACAUUGGAGCCCGGGACGUGAAAGAUGACCCGAAGAUGAUGUGGUCCAUGCAUGUGGCCAAGAUCCAGAGUGACAGGGAAUACAAGAAGGACUUUGAGAAGUGGAAGACCAAGUUCAGCAGCCCAGUGGACAUGCUGGGGAUGGUGCAGGCCAAGAAGUGCCAGGCCUUGGUCAGUGACGCGGACUACAAGAACUACCUGCACCAGUGGACCUGCCUGCCCGACCAGACUGACGUCACCCAUGCUCGACAAGCCUAUGACCUCCAGAGUGAUAAUUUGUACAAGGCCGACCUUCAGUGGCUCAAAGGCACUGGCUGGUUUCCUACUGGCUCUCUUGAGGAUGAGAGGAACAAGAGAGCUACCCAGAUUUUGAGUGACCACGUUUACCGCCAGCACCCAGAUAAAUUCACAUUUUCCAGCCUUAUGGAUUCCAUCCCAAUGGUUUUGGCAAAAAACAACGCUAUUACCAUGAACCACCAUCUCUAUACAGAAGCUUGGGAUAAAGAUAAAACCACUGUCCACAUUAUGCCAGACACCCCUGAAGUUUUACUUGCUAAACAAAACACAAUAAAUUACAGUGAGAAACACUAUAAACUUGGCCUAGAAGAAGCCAAGAAGAAAGGCUAUGAUAUGCGGAUAGAUGCCAUUCCCAUCAGGAUGGCCAAGGCCUCCAGAGACAUUGCAAGUGAAUUCAAAUACAAAGAAGGUUAUCGUAAGCAGCUUGGCCAUCACAUUGGUGCCCGAGCUAUACGUGAUGACCCCAAGAUGAUGUGGUCCAUGCAUGUGGCCAAGAUCCAGAGUGACCGGGAGUACAAGAAGGACUUUGAGAAGUGGAAGACCAAGUUCAGCAGCCCAGUGGACAUGCUGGGGGUGGUGCUGGCCAAGAAGUGCCAGACCUUGGUCAGUGACAUAGACUACAAGAACUACCUGCACCAGUGGACCUGCCUGCCCGACCAGAACGACGUCAUGCACGCUCGGCAUGCCUAUGACCUCCAGAGCGACAAUAUGUACAAGGCAGAUCUCCAAUGGCUGAGAGGCAUCGGCUGGGUUCCCAUUGGCUCUUUGGAUGUGGAACAAUGCAAAAGGGCAACUGAAAUUUUGAGUGAUAAAAUCUAUCGCCAGCCUCCAGACAAAUUCAGGUUUACCAGCGUGACUGAUUCUCUGGAACAAGUGUUGGCCAAGAACAACGCCAUCACUAUGAACAAGCGUUUAUACACGGAAGCCUGGGACAAAGACAAGACCCAGAUCCACAUCGCACCAGAUACACCAGAAAUUACGCAGGCAAGAGUGAACAAAAUCAACUACAGUCAGAGUCUGUAUAAACUCGCCAACGAAGAAGCAAAGAAGAAAGGCUACGACUUGCGAAGUGAUGCCAUACCGAUUGUGGCAGCCAAGGCCUCCAGGGACAUCAUCAGUGAUUACAAAUACAAAGUUGGUUACCGCAAGCAGCUUGGCCAUCACAUUGGAGCCCGGGACGUGAAAGAUGACCCGAAGAUGAUGUGGUCCAUGCAUGUGGCCAAGAUCCAGAGUGACAGGGAAUACAAGAAGGACUUUGAGAAGUGGAAGACCAAGUUCAGCAGCCCAGUGGACAUGCUGGGGAUGGUGCAGGCCAAGAAGUGCCAGGCCUUGGUCAGUGACGCGGACUACAAGAACUACCUGCACCAGUGGACCUGCCUGCCCGACCAGACUGACGUCACCCAUGCUCGACAAGCCUAUGACCUCCAGAGUGAUAAUUUGUACAAGGCCGACCUUCAGUGGCUCAAAGGCACUGGCUGGUUUCCUACUGGCUCUCUUGAGGAUGAGAGGAACAAGAGAGCUACCCAGAUUUUGAGUGACCACGUUUACCGCCAGCACCCAGAUAAAUUCACAUUUUCCAGCCUUAUGGAUUCCAUCCCAAUGGUUUUGGCAAAAAACAACGCUAUUACCAUGAACCACCAUCUCUAUACAGAAGCUUGGGAUAAAGAUAAAACCACUGUCCACAUUAUGCCAGACACCCCUGAAGUUUUACUUGCUAAACAAAACACAAUAAAUUACAGUGAGAAACACUAUAAACUUGGCCUAGAAGAAGCCAAGAAGAAAGGCUAUGAUAUGCGGAUAGAUGCCAUUCCCAUCAGGAUGGCCAAGGCCUCCAGAGACAUUGCAAGUGAAUUCAAAUACAAAGAAGAUUAUCGUAAGCAGCUUGGCCAUCACAUUGGUGCCCGAGCGAUACAUGACGACCCAAAGAUGAUGUGGUCCAUGCAUGUGGCCAAGAUCCAGAGUGACCGGGAGUACAAGAAGGACUUUGAGAAGUGGAAGACCAAGUUCAGCAGCCCAGUGGACAUGCUGGGGGUGGUGCUGGCCAAGAAGUGCCAGACCUUGGUCAGUGACAUAGACUACAAGAACUACCUGCACCAGUGGACCUGCCUGCCCGACCAGAACGACGUCAUGCACGCUCGGCAUGCCUAUGACCUCCAGAGCGACAAUAUGUACAAGGCAGAUCUCCAAUGGCUGAGAGGCAUCGGCUGGGUUCCCAUUGGCUCUUUGGAUGUGGAACAAUGCAAAAGGGCAACUGAAAUUUUGAGUGAUAAAAUCUAUCGCCAGCCUCCAGACAAAUUCAGGUUUACCAGCGUGACUGAUUCUCUGGAACAAGUGUUGGCCAAGAACAACGCCAUCACUAUGAACAAGCGUUUAUACACGGAAGCCUGGGACAAAGACAAGACCCAGAUCCACAUCGCACCAGAUACACCAGAAAUUACGCAGGCAAGAGUGAACAAAAUCAACUACAGUCAGAGUCUGUAUAAACGCGCCAACGAAGAAGCAAAGAAGAAAGGCUACGACUUGCGAAGUGAUGCCAUACCGAUUGUGGCAGCCAAGGCCUCCAGGGACAUCAUCAGUGAUUACAAAUACAAAGAUGGUUACCGCAAGCAGCUUGGCCAUCACAUUGGAGCCCGGGACAUCAAAGAUGACCCGAAGAUGAUGUGGUCCAUGCAUGUGGCCAAGAUCCAGAGUGACAGGGAGUACAAGAAGGACUUUGAGAAGUGGAAGACCAAGUUCAGCAGCCCAGUGGACAUGCUGGGGGUGGUGCAGGCCAAGAAGUGCCAGACCUUGGUCAGUGACGCGGACUACAAGAACUACCUGCACCAGUGGACCUGCCUGCCCGACCAGAACGACGUCAUGCACGCUCGGCAGGCCUAUGACCUCCAGAGCGAUAACGUUUACAAGUCUGAUCUCCAGUGGUUGAGGGGCAUUGGCUGGGUCCCCAUUGCGUCUGUGGAUGUGGUCAAAUGCAAGAGAGCUGCAGAGAUACUGAGUGACAACAUCUACCGCCAGAGUCCAGACAAGCUGAAGUUUACCAGUGUGGCUGAUUCUCUGGAACAGGUGCUGGCCAAGAACAAUGCCAUCAACAUGAACAAGCACUUAUACACAGAGGCCUGGGACAAAGACAAGACUCAAGUUCAUAUAAUGCCUGAUACCCCGGAGAUCACGUUGGCGAGGCAGAACAAGCUCAACUACAGUGCGGCUCUGUAUAAACUCGCCAAUGAAGAAGCAAAGAAGAAAGGCUAUGACUUGCGAAGCGAUGCCAUCCCGAUCGUGGCAGCCAAGGCCUCCAGGGACAUCAUCAGUGAUUAUAAAUACAAAGAUGGUUACCGCAAGCAGCUUGGCCACCACAUUGGAGCCCGGGACAUCAAAGAUGACCCGAAGAUGAUGUGGUCCAUGCAUGUGGCCAAGAUCCAGAGUGACCGGGAGUACAAGAAGGACUUUGAGAAGUGGAAGACCAAGUUCAGCAGCCCAGUGGACAUGCUGGGGAUGGUGCAGGCCAAGAAGUGCCAGACCUUGGUCAGUGACGCGGACUACAAGAACUACCUGCACCAGUGGACCUGCCUGCCCGACCAGAAUGACGUCAUGCACGCUCGGCAGGCCUAUGACCUCCAGAGCGACAACAUUUAUAAAUCAGAUCUCCAGUGGAUGAGAGGCAUUGGCUGGGUCCCCAUUGGGUCUGUGGAUGUGGUCAAGUGCAAGAGAGCUGCAGAGAUACUGAGUGACAACAUCUACCGCCAGAGUCCAGACAAGCUGAAGUUUACCAGUGUGGCUGAUUCUCUGGAACAGGUGCUGGCCAAGAACAACGCCAUCAACAUGAACAAGCGCUUAUACACAGAAGCCUGGGACAAAGACAAGACCCAAAUCCACAUGAUGCCUGAUACACCUGAAAUUAUGUUGGCGAGACAAAAUAAAAUAAAUUAUAGUGGGAACCUCUAUCGCCAGGCCAUGGAAGAAGCCAAGAAAGAAGGCUAUGACUUAAGAAGUGACGCCAUUCCCAUCGUAGCUGCCAAGGCCUCCCGGGAUAUUGCCAGUGAUUACAAAUACAAAGAAACUUACCGUAAGCAGUUGGGUCACCAUAUUGGUGCCCGGAUGAUACAUGAUGACCCCAAGAUGAUGUGGUCCCUCCACAUUGCCAAAAUGCAGAGUGACCGUGAGUACAAGAAAGAUUUUGAAAAAUAUAAGACCAGGUUCAGCAGCCCAGUGGACACGCUUGGUAUCGUUUUGGCCAAGAAAUGUCAGACCUUGGUCAGUGAUGUGGACUAUAAACAUCCUCUGCAUGAGUGGACCUGCCUGCCCGACCAGAAUGAUGUCAUCCAUGCUCGGAAAGCUUAUGACCUCCAGAGUGAUAAUUUGUAUAAGUCAGACCUUGAAUGGAUGAAAGGCAUUGGCUGGGUUCCAAUUGGCUCCGUGGAAAUAGUUAAAGCCAAGAGGGCCGGAGAGAUACUGAGUGAUAACAUCUACCGCCAGCGUCCAGAUACACUGAAAUUUACCAGCAUAACUGACUCCCUGGAGCAGGUGCUGGCCAAGAACAACGCUAUAAACAUGAGUAAGCACUUAUAUACUGAAGCCUGGGACAAUGACAAGAAAACAAUCCAUGUCAUGCCUGAUACACCAGAAAUCAUGCUAGCCAAACUCAACCGAAUAAACUACAGUAAUAAACUUUAUAAACUUGCUUUGGAAGAGUCAAAGAAGGAAGGCUAUGACUUGCGCGUGGAUGCCAUUCCAAUCCAAGCAGCCAAGGCAUCAAGAAAUAUUGCUAGUGAUUACAAGUACAAGGAAGGCUACCGCAAACAGCUUGGCCACCACAUUGGGGUCCAAAAUGUUAAGGAUGACACCAAGAUGAUGUGGUUCAUCCACAUGGCCAAGAUCCAGAGUGACCGGCAGUACAAGAAGGACUUUGAGAAGUGGAAGACCAAGUUCAGUAGCCCAGUGGACAUGCUGGGAGUGGUGCUGGCCAAGAAGUCCCAGAUCCUUGUAAGCGACGUAGACUACAAGAAACCCCUUCAUGAAUGGACCUGUCUGCCUGAUCAGAAUGACAUCAUUCAGGCUCGGAAGGCCUAUGACCUUCAGAGUGAUGCUAUUUACAAGGCUGAUCUUGAGUGGCUGAGAGGCAUUGGGUGGGUGCCCAUUGGCUCUGUGGAGGUCGAGAAUGUGAAGAGAGCAGGAGAAAUCCUGAGUGACAGGAAGUACCGCCAGCCUGCAGACCAGCUCAAGUUCACAUGCAUUACAGACACCCCAGAGAUUGUCCUGGCAAAGAAUAAUGCCCUGACCAUGAGCAAGCAUUUAUAUACAGAAGCCUGGGAUACUGACAAAACCUCCAUCCACGUGAUGCCGGACACCCCAGAAAUCAAGCUGGCCAAGAGCAAUUCUGCCAAUAUAAGCCAAAAACUUUACACCAAGGGAUGGGAUGAAUCAAAGAUGAAGGACUAUGAUCUGAGAGCUGAUGCUAUUCCCAUCAAGAGUGCCAAGGCCUCGAGAGACAUUGCCAGUGACUACAAAUACAAAGAAGCAUAUGAGAAACAGAAAGGCCACCACAUUGGAGCCCAGAGCAUUGAAGAUGACCCCAAGAUUAUGUGUGCCAUACAUGCAGGGAAGAUUCAAAGUGAAAGAGAGUAUAAGAAGGAUUUCCAGAAGUGGAAGACCAAGUUCAGUAGCCCAGUGGACAUGUUAGGCAUCUUGCUGGCCAAGAAAUGUCAGAUUCUGGUCAGUAACAUUGAUUAUCGAAAUUACCUGCAUCACUGGACGUGCUUACCUGAUCAAAACGACAUUAUCCAAGCAAGGAAGGCCUAUGAACUACAGAGUGAUAAUGUGUACAAAGCAGACCUGGAUUGGCUGCGUGGCAUUGGCUGGAUGCCAGAAGGCUCAGUAGAAAUGACCAGGGUGAAGGGUGCUCAAGACCUGCUGAAUGAAAGACUCUACAGGACACGCCCAGAAGCCUUGAAAUUCACUUCCAUUGUCGACACGCCAGAGGUUGUCCUGGCAAAAGCCAAUUCUCUGCAAAUGAGUGAGAAACUAUAUCAAGAAGCCUGGAAUAAAGAUAAAAGCAACAUAAGCAUUCCUUCUGACAUGCCAGUCAUACUGCAAGCCCAGAUCAAUGCCAUGCACAUCAGCAAUAAACUCUACCAGAAAGACUGGGAUGAGGCCAAGCAGAAAGGCUAUGACUUGAGAGCAGAUGCCAUUGAAAUCAAGCAUGCCAAAGCCUCCAGAGAAAUUGCCAGUGAGUACAAAUACAAAGAAGGUUACCGUAAGCAACUGGGCCACCACGUGGGUUUCCGCAGCCUACAAGAUGACCCCAAAUUGGUAUGGUCUAUACAUGCUGCCAAGAUCCAGAGUGACAGAGAAUACAAGAAAGCUUAUGAGAAGUCUAAAGGAAUCUACAAUACACCGUUGGACAUGAUGUCCAUUGUUCAGGCCAAGAAAUGCCAGGUCCUGGUUAGCGACGUUGAUUAUCGCAAUUAUCUGCACCAGUGGACGUGUCUGCCAGACCAGAACGAUGUGAUCCAGGCAAAGAAAGCCUACGAACUGCAGAGCGAUAACGUGUACAAAUCAGACCUGGAAUGGCUGAAGGGUAUUGGAUGGUUGCCAGAGGGUUCCGUGGAAGCAAUGAGAGUAAAGAAUGCCCAGAAUCUCCUGAAUGAAAGGUUGUAUCGCACAAGGCCUGAGGCCCUCAAAUUCACCAGCAUUGUUGAUACCCCUGAAGUUAUUCUGGCAAAGAUCAAUGCUGUACAGAUCAGUGAGCCACUGUAUCGUGACGCCUGGGACAAAGAGAAGGCAAAUGUGAAUGUACCGGCUGACACUCCAUUGAUGCUGCAGUCCAAGAUGAACACCAUGCACAUCAGCAACAAACAGUAUCAGCAAGCUUGGGAAGAUGUCAAGGUAACGGGUUAUGACCUGAGAGCAGAUGCCAUCGGGAUCCAGCAUGCCAAGGCUUCCAGAGAUAUUGCCAGUGAUUAUCUAUACAAAACUGCUUACGAGAAACAGAAGGGUCAUUACAUUGGGUGUCGCAAUGCCAAGGAAGACCCUAAACUGGUCUGGGCAGCAAAUGUGUUGAAGAUGCAGAAUGACAGGCUGUACAAAAAGGCCUACAAUGACCACAAGGCUAAGAUCACCAUCCCGGCAGACAUGGUGUCCAUCAAUGCUGCCAAAGAAGGCCAGGCGUUAGCAAGCGAUGUGGACUAUCGCCACUACCUACACCAGUGGUCUUGCUUUCCUGACCAGAAUGAUGUGAUCCAAGCCAGGAAAGCCUAUGACCUGCAGAGUGAUGCCAUCUAUAAGGCUGACUUGGAGUGGCUGCGUGGCAUCGGCUGGGUGCCCGAAGGGUCUCCCGAAGUACUGAGAGUGAAAAAUGCCCAGCAUAUCCUACAAGACAGUGUCUAUCGGACACCUGUGGUGAAACUCAAGUACACAAGUAUCGUUGACACACCUGAAGUUGUUCUUGCUAAAUCAAAUGCUGAAAAUAUUAGUAUUCCAAAGUACAGAGAAGCUUGGGACGUGGAUAAAACUUCAAUCCACAUAAUGCCAGAUACUCCAGAAAUUAAUCUCGCUAGAGCCAACACUCUUAAUAUGAGCAAUAAAAUUUACCGCGAAGGUUGGGAUGAGAUGAAGAUGAGCUGUGAUGUACGGCUGGACGCCAUCCCCAUCCAGGCCGCCAAGGCCUCCAGGGAGAUCGCCAGUGAUUAUAAAUACAAGCUUGACCAUGAGAAGCAGAAGGGACACUACGUGGGUACCCUCACAGCCAGGGAUGACAACAAGAUCCGCUGGGCCCUCAUAGCUGGCAAGAUUCAGAAUGAAAGAGAGUACCGGCAGCACUGGGCCAAAUGGAAGUCUAAGUUCCAGAGCCCUCCGGAUAUGCUUUCCAUCACGCACUCUAAACAUUGCCAGGCUCUGGUCAGCGACAUUGAUUAUCGCAAUUACCCGCACCAAUGGAUGUGCGUGCCUGACCAGCAGGACGUGAUUCAGGCCAGGAAAGCCUACGAUCUGCAAAGCGAUGCUAUUUACAAGGCUGACUUGGAAUGGUUACGUGGGAUCGGCUGGAUGCCAGAUGAUUCUGUUUCUGUCAAUCAUGCCAAGCACGCUGCAGACAUCUUCAGUGAGAGAAAAUAUCGCACAAAAAUAGAAACUCUCAACUUUACUCCCGUGGAUGACAGAGUUGAUCACGUGACAGCAAAACAAAGUGGUGAAAUCCUAAAUGAUAUUAAAUACCGAAAAAAUUGGAAUGACACCAAAUCAAAGUACACCCUCACAGAAACCCCUCAGCUGCACGCUGCCCAGGAGGCAGCCCGAAUACUAGACCAGUAUCUCUACAAGGAAAGCUGGGAGAAACAAAAAGCCACCAGUUACAUUUUGCCUCCAGAUGCUGUGCCGUUUGUUCAUGCCCAUCACUCUGGUGACGUUCAGAGCGAGCUGAAAUACAAAGCUGACCAUGUCAAGCAGAAAGGUCAUUAUGUUGGUGUCCCGACGAUGAGAGAUGAUCCUAAACUGGUUUGGUUCGAGCACGCAGGCCAGAUUCAGAAUGACAGACUAUACAAAGAGCACUAUCAUAAAACAAAGGCCAGAAUCAAUAUACCUCCUGAUAUGGUGUCGGUGUUGGUGGCCAAGGAGGGGCAGGCCCUUGUCAGUGAUACUGAUUACCGCAAUUACCUGCACCAAUGGACGUGUCACCCUGACCAAAAUGAUGUUAUUCAGGCAAGGAAGGCCUAUGACCUACAAAGCGAUAAUGUCUACAAAGCUGACCUGGAGUGGCUCCGAGGCAUUGGUUGGAUCCCCCUGGAUUCUGUAGACCAUGUGAGGGUUACCAAGAACCAGGAAAUGGUGACUCAGAUAAACUAUAAGAAAGAUGCUCUUGCCAACUAUCCUAACUUUACAAGCGUGGUGGAUCCUCCAGAGAUUGUUCUGGCCAAGAUUAACUCAGUCAAUCAAAGUGAUGUAAAAUAUAAAGAAACAUUUAAUAAAUUAAUAAAGGGCAAGUAUACCUUUUCUCCAGAUACACCAUAUAUCACCCAUUCCAAAGACAUGGGAAAACUCUACAGUACCAUACUGUAUAAAGGAGCAUGGGAGGGAACCAAGGCCUACGGCUAUACCUUGGACGAACGCUAUGUUCCCAUUGUUGGAGCCAAGCAUGCUGACUUUGUGAACAGUGAGCUUAAAUACAAAGAGACCUAUGAGAAGCUGAAGGGUCACUACCUGGCUGGAAAAGAAAUCAGUGAGUUCCCCAACGUGAUUCACUGUCUGGAUUUCCAAAAGAUGAGGAGUGCGUUGAACUACAGAAGACAUUAUGAGGACACCAAAGCAAAUAUUCAUAUCCCCAAUGAUAUGAUGAAUCAUGUGCUGGCUAAAAGGUGCCAGCACAUCCUCAGUGACCUGGAGUACCGACACUACUUCCACCAGUGGACAUCUCUUCCAGAAGAACCCAAUGUUAUUCGGGCCCAAAACGCGCAGGAGAUGUUGAGUGAUAACGUGUAUAAAAGUGACUUGAAUUGGCUGAAAGGCAUUGGAUGCUACGUUUGGGAUACACCCCAGAUCCUCCAUGCCAAGAAAUCAUAUGACCUCCAGAGUCAGAUACAAUACACGGCAGCAGGUAAAGAAAAUCUAAAAAAUUAUAACCUGGUCACAGAUACACCGCUUUAUGUGACUGCUCUUCAAAGCGGCAUUAAUGCCAGUGAGGUGAAAUAUAAAGAAAAUUAUCAUCAGAUUAAAGACAAAUACACGACAGUUCUAGAAACGGUGGAUUAUGACAGAACCAAGAAUCUGAAGGAUCUGUAUAGCAGUAACCUGUACAAGGAGGCCUGGGAUAAAGUGAAAGCCACCAGCUAUAUCCUGCCUUCCAACACCAUGUCCCUGACACACGUCAAGAACCAGAAGCAUCUGGCCAGCCAUAACAAAUAUCGGGAAGAAUAUGAAAAGUUCAAAGCUCUUUAUACUUUACCCAAAAGUGUUGAAGAUGAUCUGAACACAGCACGGUGCCUCCGAGUUGGCAAGUUUAACAUCGACCGCCUGUACAGAUCCGUUUAUGAGAAGAACAAGAUGAAAAUCCACGUGGUGCCCGACAUGGUAGAGAUGGUUACCGCUAAGGAUUCUCAGAAGAAAGUCAGCGAGAUCGAUUACCGCCUUCACCUCCACGAGUGGAUUUGCCACCCCGACUUGCAAGUCAACAGUCACGUCAGGAAGGUCACAGACGAGAUCAGCGACAUUGUGUACAAGGAUGAUCUCAACUGGCUGAAAGGCAUUGGUUGCUACGUCUGGGACACUCCUGAGAUUCUCCACGCCAAGCAUGCUUACGAUCUACGCAAUGAUAUCAAGUACAAAGCUCAUGUGCAGAAAACAAGGAAUAACUACAAGUUGGUUACUGACACUCCCAUCUAUGUUCAGGCUGUCAAAAGUGGGAAACAACUAAGUGACGCCGUCUACCACCAUGACUACGUGCACAGCGUCAGAGGCAAAGUGGCUCCAACCACAAAAACUGUGGAUCUGGACCGGGCCCUUCAUGCAUACAAGCUCCAGAGUGAGAAUCUGUACCGAAGAGCUGGCCUGCACUCCCUGCCCACUGGAUAUAGGCUUCCAGUUGACACCCCUCACUUCAGACACACCAAGGACACCCGAUACAUGAGCAGCUAUUUCAAGUACAAAGAAGUUUAUGAACACAUGAAGGCAAAUGGGUAUACCCUUGGACCCAAUGACGUCCCAUUUGUCAAUGUCCGAAGGGUCAACAACGUUACCAGCGAGAGACUGUAUCGACAGUUGUACCACAAACUGAAAGACAAGAUCCACACAACUCCCGACACGCCUGAAAUCCGCCAAGUCAAGAAGACACAAGAAGCUGUCAGCGAGUUGAUUUACAAAUCAGACUUCUUCAAGAUGCAAGGCCACAUGAUCUCUCUGCCAUACACACCCCAAGUGCUCCAUUGCCGCUACGUGGGAGACAUCACCAGUGAUAUUAAAUACAAAGAAGACUUGCAGAUCCUGAGGGGACUGGGCUGCUUCCUGUAUGACACUCCUGACAUGGUCCGCUCCCGGCACCUGCGGAAGCUCUGGUCGAAUUACCUAUACACCGAUAAUGCGAGGAAGAUGCGAGACAAAUACAAAGUGGUGCUUGACACUCCAGAAUACAGAAAAGUGCAGGAAUUGAAGACACAUCUGAGUGAACUGGUGUACAGAGCUGCAGGCAAGAAGCAGAAGUCAAUCUUCACUUCAGUCCCUGAUACUCCUGAUCUUACAAGAGCCAAGCGAGGGCAGAAGCUUCAGAGUCAGUAUCUGUAUGUUGAACUUGCCACCAAAGAGAGGCCACAUCAUCAUGCUGGAAACCAGACCACAGCCUUGAAGCAUGCUAAAGACGUGAAGGACAUGGUCAGUGAGAAAAAGUACAAAAUUCAAUACGAAAAGAUGAAGGACAAGUACACUCCAGUUCCAGAUACGCCAAUCCUCAUCAGAGCCAAGAAGGCUUACUGGAAUGCCAGUGAUCUACGCUAUAAAGAAACAUUUCAAAAGACCAAGGGGAAAUACCACACUGUGAAGGAUGCCCUAGACAUCGUUUAUCAUCGCAAAGUCACAGACCACAUCAGUAAAAUAAAAUACAAGGAGAACUACAUGAGCCAGCUGGGAAUCUGGAGGUCCAUCCCUGAUCACCCUGAGCAUUUCCACCAUCGAGCAGUCACUGAUGCAGUCAGUGAUGUAAAAUAUAAAGAAGAUUUGACCUGGCUUAAAGGCAUUGGUUGCUAUGCCUUUGAUACCCCCGACUUCACUCUGGCUGAAAAGAACAAGACUCUCUACAGCAAGUAUAAGUAUAAAGAGGUAUUUGAAAGGACGAAGUCAGAUUUCAAGUAUGUUGCUGAUUGUCCAAUCAACAGGCAUUUCAAGUUUGCAACUCAGUUGAUGAAUGAGAGAAAAUAUAAAUCUAGUGCCAAGAUGCUUCUGAAACAAGGAUGUAAUGAAAUUCUGCGUCCAGAUAUGUUGACUGCCCUCUACAACACACACAUGUGGAGCCAGAUCAAGUACAGGAAAAAUUAUGAAAAAACAAAGGACAAGUUUACCUCAGUUGUGGAUACUCCAGAACACCUACGUACUACAAAAGUCAACAAACAAAUUAGUGAUAUACUGUAUAAGUUGGAAUACAACAAGGCCAGACCCAGAGGCUACACCACAAUCCACGACACCCCCAUGUUGCUGCAUGUCCAAAAGGUCAAAGAUGAAGUCAGUGAUCUGAAAUACAAAGAAGUUUACCAGAGAACUAAGUCCAACUGUACCAUUGAGCCUGAUGCUGUUCAUAUCAAAGCAGCCAAGGAUGCCUACAAAGUCAACACCAAUCUGGAUUACAAGAAGCAGUAUGAAGCCAACAAAGCCCACUGGAGAUGGACCCCUGACCGACCGGACUUCAUCCAGGCCGCCAAGUCAUCCCUACAGCAAAGCGAUUUUGAAUACAAGCUGGACCGGGAGUUCCUCAAAGGUUGCAAGCUUUCUGUCACUGAUGAUAAAGACAUGGUGCUGGCCCUGAAGAAUUCUAUAAUAGAAAGUGAUCUGAAAUACAAACAGAAACAUGUCAAGGAAAGAGGAAGCUACCAUGCCGUGCCCGAUACGCCUCAGAUCCUCCUGGCAAAGACAGUCAGCAAUCUGGUGUCCGAGAACAAGUACAAGCAGCAUGUGAAGAAGCACUUGGCUCAGGGCUCAUACACAACACUGCCGGAGACCCGGGACACCGUUCAUGUCAAGGAAGUGACCAGGAACGUCAGUGAUACAAAUUACAAGAAGAAGUUCGUCAAGGAGAAAGGAAAAUCCAACUACUCCAUCAUGCUGGAGCCCCCAGAGGUGAAACACGCUAUGGAGGUGGCCAAGAAGCAGAGUAAUGUCGCUUACAAAAAAGAUGCUAAAGAAAACCUGCAUUACACAACAGUGGCCGAUCGGCCAGACAUCAAGAAGGCCACGCAGGCUGCCAAACAGGCCAGCGAGGUGGAGUACAGAGCCAAGCACCGCAAGGAAGGCAGCCACGGGCUAAGCAUGCUUGGGCGUCCAGACAUUGAAAUGGCCAAGAAGGCAGCCAAGCUGAGCAGCCAGAUUAAAUACCGAGAAAAUUUCAACAAAGAGAAGGGCAAGACACCAAAAUACAAUCCAAAAGACAGCCAGCUCUUCAAAAUCAUGAAAGAUGCUAAUGAUCUCACAAGUGAGGUUAAGUAUAAGGCUGACUUGAAGAAACUUCACAAACCUGUGACUGACAUGAAGGAAUCUUUGAUAAUGAAUCAUGUCUUGAAUACAAGCCAACUCGCCAGUUCUUACCAGUACAAGAAAAACUAUGAGAAGAGUAAAGGCCACUACCACACAAUACCCGACAAUCUGGAGCAGCUUCAUCUAAAAGAGGCCACAGAAUUACAGAGUGUAGUGAAAUACAAAGAAAAGUAUGAAAAGGAAAGAGGAAAGCCCAUGCUGGACUUUGAAACACCAACAUACAUCACUGCCAAAGAGUCUCAGCAGAUGCAGAGUGGGAAAGAAUAUAAGAAAGAUUAUGAAGAGUCCAUUAAAGGCAGAAACCUGAUUGGCCUGGAGGUCACGCCAGCUUUAUUACAUGUCAAAUAUGCAACCAAAAUAGCCAGCGAGAAAGAGUACAGGAAAGAUCUAGAGGAAGGCAUCCGUGGGAAGGGUCUCAGUGAAAUGGAAGAUACGCCCGACAUGCUAAGAGCAAAGAACGCCACUCAGAUCCUCAAUGAGAAAGAAUAUAAGAGAGACCUGGAGCUGGAAGUCAAAGGAAGAGGCCUGAAUGCCAUGGCCAAUGAAACUCCCGACUUCCUCAGAGCCAGGAAUGCUACAGAUAUUGCCAGUCAGGUUAAGUAUAAGCAAUCAGCAGAAAUGGAAAAAGCCAAUUUUACUUCUGUGGUUGAUACUCCGGAGAUCAUUCAUGCCCAACAAGUCAAGAACCUUUCAAGCCAGAAAAAGUACAAGGAAAAUGCAGAGAAGUGCAUGUCAUAUUAUGAGACCGUUUUGGACACCCCAGAGAUGCAGAGGAUCCGGGAGAACCAAAAGAACUUCAGCCUUCUUCAAUACCAGUGUGACCUUAAAAACAGUAAAGGAAAAAUUACAGUUGUUCAAGACACGCCAGAAAUACUGCGUGUUAAAGAAAAUCAAAAGAAUUUCAGCUCGGUUUUAUAUAAAGAAGAUGUCUCACCAGGAACGGCGAUUGGAAAGACACCUGAGAUGAUGAGAGUGAAGCAAACCCAGGACCAUAUUAGCUCGGUGAAGUAUAAGGAGGCGGUUGGACAAGGAACCCCCAUCCCAGACCUGCCUGAAGUGAAGCGCGUCAAGGAGACACAGAAGCACAUCAGCUCGGUUUUGUACAAAGAAAACUUGGGAACAGGCAUUCCAACCCCUGUCACUCCAGAGAUUGAGAGAGUCAAACGCAAUCAAGAGAACUUUAGCUCGGUCUUGUACAAAGAAAAUCUGGGGAAAGGAACCCCAACCCCUGUCACUCCAGAGAUGGAGAGAGUCAAACGCAAUCAAGAGAACUUUAGCUCGAUUCUGUACAAAGAGAACUUGAGCAAGGGGACUCCCCUCCCAGUCACUCCCGAGAUGGAGCGGGUCAAGCACAACCAGGAGAACUUUAGCUCGGUGUUGUAUAAAGAAAACAUCGGGAAAGGGAUUCCAGUUCCCAUCACUCCAGAGAUGGAGAGAGUCAAACACAAUCAAGAAAACUUUAGUUCGGUGCUAUACAAAGAAAACCUGGGCACAGGAAUCCCAAUCUCCAUCACUCCAGAGAUGCAGAGAGUCAAACUCAAUCAAGAGAACCUUAGCUCGGUGUUAUACAAAGAAAACAUGGGCAAGGGAACCCCUUUACCUGUCACUCCAGAGAUGGAGAGAGUCAAACACAAUCAAGAAAAUAUUAGCUCGGUUUUGUACAAAGAAAAUGUGGGGAAAGGCACCCCAACCCUUGUCACUCCAGAGAUGCAGAGAGUCAAACGCAAUCAAGAGAACAUUAGCUCGGUGUUAUACAAAGAGAACCUGGGGAAAGCCACCCCCGCACUCUUUACUCCCGAGAUGGAAAGAGUCAAACGCAAUCAAGAAAACUUUAGCUCGGUAUUGUACAAAGAGAAUAUGAGAAAAGCAACUCCGACACCGGUCACUCCAGAGAUGGAGAGAGCUAAGCGCAACCAAGAAAACAUUAGCUCGGUGCUUUAUUCUGAUAGCUUCCGGAAACAAAUACAAGGCAAAGCUGCCUAUGUCUUGGACACGCCAGAGAUGAGACGGGUGAGGGAGACCCAACGCCACAUCUCAACGGUGAGUCAGGAAUUCCUCAGAUUGGGUGGGCGGCCUGUUGGAACAUGUAAAAAAGGAAAUGAUCACACCAUCCUAUUUUCACCAAGUGAACUCGUGAAAUUUCAGGUGAAAUAUCAUGAAGACUUCGAGAAACACAAGGGUUGCUUCACACCAGUGGUGACAGACCCCAUCACUGAACGAGUAAAGAAGAACACACAGGACUUCAGUGACAUUAACUACCGAGGUAUUCAGAGAAAAGUGGUAGAAAUGGAACAAAAACGGAAUGACCAGGAUCAGGAAACUAUUACAGGUUUACGUGUCUGGCGUACAAAUCCUGGCUCAGUUUUUGACUAUGAUCCAGCAGAAGACAACAUUCAGUCCCGAAGCUUACACAUGAUUAAUGCACAAGCUCAGCGCCGGAGCCGGGAGCAGUCUCGAUCUGCCAGCGCGCUGAGCGUCAGUGGCGGCGAGGAGAAGUCUGAGCAUUCAGAAGGUGCCCACCUCUCCACCUACAGCGACGGGGGCGUCUUCUUCUCUGCAACCUCACCAGCUUACAAACAUGCAAAAACCACAGAGCUCCCACAGCAACGAUCAUCUUCAGUUGCUACCCAGCAGACAACGGUAUCCUCCAUCCCAUCUCAUCCAUCUACUGCUGGAAAAAUCUUCCGUGCCAUGUAUGACUAUAUGGCUGCAGAUGCAGAUGAGGUGUCCUUCAAAGAUGGGGAUGCCAUUGUAAACGUUCAAACUGUUGAUGAAGGUUGGAUGUAUGGCACCGUGCAGAGGACUGGCAGGACGGGCAUGCUCCCAGCCAACUAUGUUGAAGCUAUUUAGGAACUUCAAAGCACUGCAUCUGUCUACAGCACCUACAGAUCUUGCCGUCAGCAUUUGUUUAGACUCUCCACUAUUCCCCGAGUUCUGAAGCUGCGUAGUGCUUUUUGUGUCAAUAUGAUUCAUGGUUGUACCAUCCCUUGUUUCUAUAUGUACCCCAAUAAUUCACCAGUAAAACAAAGGUUAGUACAACUAAUCUGUCCAAUUAUUAAACUAGACUUAUCUGCUGGACUUGCACAUAAAACCUGAGACAACAUUAAACCCAUAGGUCUUUUAAUUGCCAUUAUUAAAUUUUCCUUUGGGUUUUAAAAUGUUUAAUUUCAGAAUAGACAUUUUUAAAGUUUCUGCAUUGUUGUUAUAUUACUGUUGCCUCAACCCAGAAUCUUUCUCCAUUAUGAAAAUGUUUUAACAGUAUUUCUUUUCUAAAUCAAGAGUUCUAAAUAUGUUAAACACAUUUUUUUUAAAUGGCAGAUAUUCACCUUUUCCUUGCUGACUGUAGUUCUGAAGUUAUAAAGCGGCUAGUCAAUAUAAACUGGUGUUAAGCUAGUAACUAAUAAAAUCUGCAAUUCUGCAACAAA